UACAUGGAAAAGGCAAUCUAGUUUGCAAUUUGAGGGCUGGUCUUGAUGCUGCAUUAAUUUUUCUUCGUAGAUUUUAUGUAAGAGACAUUUGCAGGAAAACAAGAUGGGUUUUAAAGAACUCCCCUGUCAUCUUGGGUCCCCCUCUGAUCGUGACCUCUGAAUUAGUUGCCAGUGAUGCUGAGCAGAAGUUGAUUGCCUCAGGAUGGUAAUACCUUUUUGGGGAGGGGGUAGAGAUGAAGCCUCCAGCAAUAAAGAGAAGGGGGAAAGGCACUGUCAGGAAUCACCCUUCAUACAUGUGCAGCACCCUAAAGUUUAGGAAGCAUUUUUGGGGUUGCUUUGCGAACCAUGGUGAUGGAUGUGGGAGCAUGGACAGGCUGCAGAUUCUUUCCUGUCCCUGGGACCUCAGCACCUGAGAGGCUGGUCUUGGUGUUCCAAGCACUCUUCUAAGAGAAUCUUCAGGAUUUCAGGUGUCAUUUCAUUAACUCAUGGCAUCUUCAGCCUAGAGUAGGGGGACUCGUCACUGGGGCUGCUUCCUUCAUCUGGAGCUGCUCAGGUGGCUCCCUGGAGCAGUCCACUCAGGGCUAUUGCAGCUGGCAGACACUCCGCUCCCGCAGAGCCCUACCUCCCCCAAGAAGAAGCCAACACGCAGGGCCAAAAAGCCAGGCCAGCCUUCGCAGGAUGCAAAAAUACUACAGAGGGCGCCGAACCCACCAGCGCCAUGGCCCUGAAUGUCAAUGUAUGGGCUGUCUCCAGACCGCCAAGUUCCUUAAAAAUGUCUCUGGCAGGGGUCACUGCCAGACUUUUGGGUUUGGGUUUGCUUAUUUGGAAUCCCCGCAUCACACAAACCGUGUUUACUUGGUAGGGGAGGGGGCGGAGACCAAACCCACCGCUCGGCGCACACGCCUUGAUCUCACAUUCCAGACUCGAGCUGAUGUGUGUCAGCGCGACAUGGGGCGGGGGGAGGGUUCUGUUCGGAUGUUUCAUUCGCCAUCUGCACGUCACUCCCAAACUUUUCCUCCCUGCGCUCGGGGAAUCAGGUUGACGCGCCCUGGAUGCGGGGCUCUAGGCGCAGGGCUGGGCGCGCUCCCGCGGAAUCCGGGCUGCAGAAGCUUCCGGGCUGCUCUCGGGCUUUUCAGGUACAAGUUGGGUGCCAGGUGCCGGGUAGGGGCGACAAGAAACGGCGGGUUGGGGUCUGGCUUCGGGCUCGGCUUUCCGGCGCCCUUCUGCGGGUUCCGGUCGGGCAGAGCGGAUGGCGGCUCCGGCUGGGCAUUCGGAGUCCGGGCUGUGGAGGCUGCGCGCAGCCUCACUCCCCGCGGCGCGGAGGCGGCGGCGGCGGCCCAGGCAGACAAUGAACUUGCGAGCGCGCGGAGCCAGGCACGUUUGGGCCCCGCGCUCCUCCGCCCGGCCUCUUCUAGCCUUUCGCGAUCUUCAGUGGGAGGCGUCCCCUCGCCGCUGCUCCGAGCGCCACGCGCGCUUGGGGACCCUGCGGGAAGGGCUGUCGGGUGGCGGCGCCGGGCUCACACGCCCCCUCCCUAGCCCGGGAGAAUGUGGCCGGAGCUCGUAGACUGGGGACCGGGCGGUGGCGUGGUGGCGCUGUGGACAGCUGGAGGCCGGCAGGGGACGCACAACGUGGGAUACGCACCAGCCAGCUGUCCCGUAGAGACACCCCAGGAGUCCGAAUCCGGGCGACCCUGCGCCGCCCAGCUCUGAGAGCUGCAGGCGGAAGACAGACGGACAGACAGAACAGUGCUUUCACAGUGUGAAUGCUCCUGGUGUAGCGUGGGGGACGCGAGGUCCCCUAGCCGUGCUCUCCACACACCCUCUCCCCGCACACUUCGGGGAAGUUUCCAGGCGCGGCCCGGGAAAGGUUAUCGGGCAUUUUUAAGAGUUUGCUUCUCAUGAAGAGGAAACACAGGAUGUAAAAGUCUCAGGCAUCUCCAUGGAUGGCAUGCCAGUCCAUCCAUCAGUGAGAAGACCAUGACCUCUUCUAAUCUCUCCUAUGUCUCCAUGGUCUCUAGUGAUACUGCUCUCAUUUUUUUUGGUGCCAUGGGAAAAACCUGAAACACAGGCAGAAUUGCUCCCAUACUUGUGACCACUUCUGUGUUGCAGUGACUUGUAUAGAACAUGACAGCUGGAGAUCACUUCCUUCUGUUGUCUUGCAGAGUUGAACUAAAGAAUGUGCUUCCUCCUUCUCUAGUGCAUUGGUGUCUGCUCAUUUAUAUAUUUGCUUUUGUUGCUUUUGCCUUCCAACCAUCUUAUGGACUCACCGGGCAUCCUUAAAGUUUCCCAGCACGGCUCACAUGCAUAGGGAUUCUUUGGGGGCUUGCCCAUGGCUCGAUAGGUUAGCAGUCCAAGGACACUACCAUGAGGCACUGUAUUAAUUGCUGCAUACACUUGUUACCCGACAACGCACACAAACAAGUCGACUGCCACAGAGGCCCCCCUCAUAGUCACCAGGUGUGCCCCACGUGUAAAGGAGAAAACAAAAUUCUGUUUCGUGUAGACAGUAAGCAGAUGAACUUGCUUGCCGUUCUCGAAGUGAGGACUGAGGGGAAUGAGAACUGGGGUGGGUUUUUGCGCCUUAAGAAAGGGAAGCGAUGUAGCCUGGUUUUUGGACUGAUAAUAAUGACCUUGGUGAUGGCUUCUUACAUCCUUUCUGGGGCCCACCAGGAGCUUCUGAUUUCAUCUCCUUUCCAUUAUGGCGGAUUUCCCAGUAAUCCCAGCUUAAUGGACAGUGAAAACCCAAGCGACAUGAAAGAGCAUCACCACCAACCCUCCAUAAAUAAUAUUUCAUAUGUGAAGGACUAUCCAAGCAUUAAAUUAAUUAUCAACAGCAUCACUGCCAGGAUUGAGUUCACCACCAGACAACUUCCAGACUUACAAGAUCUCAAGAGGCAGGAGUUGCAUAUGUUUUCAGUAAUCCCUAAUAAAUUCCUUCCCAACAGUAAGAGCCCAUGUUGGUACGAGGAAUUCUCAGGCAGGAACACCACUGACCCCUACCUGACCAACUCCUAUGUGCUCUACUCUAAACGCUUCCGUUCCACCUUUGACGCCCUGCGCAAGGCCUUCUGGGGCCACCUGUCGCAUGCGCACGGGAAGCACUUCCGCCUGCGCUGCCUGCCGCACUUCUACAUCAUUGGGCAGCCCAAGUGCGGAACCACCGACCUCUACGACCGCCUCCGGCUGCACCCGGAAGUGAAAUUCUCGGCCAUCAAGGAGCCACACUGGUGGACCCGGAAGCGGUUCGGAAUUGUCCGCCUGAGGGAUGGGCUUCGAGACCGCUACCCUGUGGAGGACUAUCUAGACCUCUUUGACUUGGCUGCCCACCAAAUCCAUCAAGGCCUGCAGGCCAGCUCCACAAAGGAUCAGAGCCAGAUAAAUAAGAUCAUCAUUGGUGAGGCCAGUGCCUCCACAAUGUGGGAUAACAAUGCCUGGACUUUCUUCUACGACAACAGCACAGAUGGAGAGCCACCGUUCCUGACUCAGGACUUCAUCCACGCCUUUCAGCCAGACGCCAAGCUGAUCGUCAUGCUCAGAGACCCCGUGGAGAGGUUGUACUCAGACUAUCUCUACUUUGCAAGUUCAAAUAAAUCUGCAGAUGACUUCCACGAAAAAGUGACGGAGGCUCUGCAGCUGUUUGAAAAUUGCAUGCUGGAUUAUUCACUGCGUGCUUGCGUCUACAACAACACCCUCAACAAUGCCAUGCCUGUGAGGCUCCAGGUUGGGCUGUAUGCUGUGUACCUUUUGGACUGGCUCACUGUUUUCAGCAAGGAACAGUUUCUCAUUCUGCGCCUAGAAGACCACGCAUCCAAUGUCAAGUACACCAUGCACAGGGUCUUCCAGUUCCUGAACCUGGGGCCCUUAAGUGAGAAGCAAGAAGCUUUGAUGACCAAGAGCCCAGCAUCUAACGCACGACGUCCUGAGGACCGAAACCUAGGACCCAUGUGGCCGGUCACACAGAAGAUUCUACAGGACUUUUAUGGACCUUUCAAUGCCAGGCUGGCGCAGGUCCUAGCUGACGAGGCAUUUGCAUGGAGGACACCGUGAAAGCUGCGUCCUGCUGCAGACUCUGGGCCCACCGACUUGGUCAUUGCCAUGACUUUAAAAGUCUCUCUUGGUGGAGAACCAUUUACUCACAGAGUGGAGAGCUCCCCCAGGAACCCCAGGCUUCUUCUCUUCUCCAGGCACCUGCUAGUAAUAACCAUUUCAGAAUUUCCCUCGCCACGCUCCACAGCUCAGCACUUGACUCCUCACCGAGCUCCUCCACCUGAGUUGUUGCAAAGUGCGCUUCAGCAGGAAUUCACUUUUACCCGGAUGGAGCUCAGGGAUGGCAGGCUGGCACAGCGCCCGGCACAGAGAGGAGGCCUUGGGAGGCCAUAGCCCAGCCCUGCCCACUGACUCUGGGGAAGCCCUGCCACAGGGCUUGACAACUCUGGGAUCCGAUUGAGCACGCUAGAGGUCAUGCCCUAGGACUCCCUGGAACUUACACUUCAUAGGCAGUUUUGAAGUCACUCUGUUUUGAUCGCCAACCUCAUCUGGGUGGAGAACUGAGCCGCUUUGAGAAUGGAGGCACUUUUUAGUUUUUUUUCUUACUCCCAAGUCAGCCCUUCAGUGACAUAGAAAUAAGCCCUGUUCACUUCACUGUUUCCGGGGCGGGGGUGGGGUGGGGUGGGGAGGAGUUUGAGAGCAUCUCUCCCACCUCCUCCCAUUCUGCCCUCUUUAUUUAUAUUUAACCCAGAAAAUGGAUGCAUUUCAAACAAAUGGAUCCCUGCAUUUGACUCGCUAGCCCUCCCUUUCUUUUCGGCCUCUUUUAGAUGUUUUCUUAAGAAAUUUAGUUUGUAUUUGGAAUGGGGAUUUUUUGCUGUUAAUGCCCGAAUAGAGAAGCCUCAAGGAAUUGGUCACUUCAUGGGAAAUCUAGGUGUCUCAAGUCCUCAUCACAUGCACAGGGUCACCAGAGAACUGAAGGAUCUUUAAAUUUUUAAUUCCGGUCACUUGCAGGCUCCAGCAUUGGACUGAACCUGUUAUCCACAUACUCCAUCGUGGGUAAUCAAAAUUCCUUACUCCCUAGGGAACUGCAAGAUACACAUGUCCCGAUUCAGAAACAUGGCGCACAGACUAAGCUUGCAUUGCUGGGACUGGGAAUGAGAUCUCUAGGAGCCAUAUUCUUAACGGAACUUUCCAGGCCUCUUGGCAAUUUGGUUUGUGAUGGAGUGGGCCGAAGAUCCUAUCAUUUCUUAGAAGGCUCUAGGGAAGACUGGAGAGAAUAUUUGAGCCCAUUUGGCACACAGGCCCAGGUGGGAGUGUGAUGAAACUUUGCACUGGAUGCUUCCUAUGGAGCCGUGUUUUGGGGUCGGGGUCCCAUCCACCAGUGUCAGGAAGUGCAAACACUACAUAACCAGUUCUCCCUUGUGUGUGUGUGUGUGCACGACAGGCUGGGCUUGGGGGCAGGCAUGAGGAUCUGCAAUUGCUCGACUGUCCAAUCCUUCUGCCCCUGUCCCUCUGCCUUUGGAGAUGGGAUGCUUAGCUCGCUGGAAAGUGCACAGAGAGCUCAGUCCUGGCAUGGCUGGGGCUGGUUCUGCUACUGAAGGAGCUAUGUGUCCUGAAUGCCCUCAUGCAGAGACAAUUCCCUGCUUUCUCUCACAGCCAACACUCAGAGCAGCAGCCGGGGGAAGAAAUCUGGCUUGAGCACAAGGAUGCUUUGGGGAGAUAUCACUUCAGUGUGUGUGUGUGUGUGUGGGUAUUUAUUCGGAAUACAGAGUGUGUGCGCAUGUGUGCAUGGUGGGGGAGUUGUGCAUCUUCUGAGUGGGUUCCCUUCAGUUCUGUUGCUGGCAAGGCUUCUCCCUCCAUUCUGGACACUAUGCCUUUAUAGAUUAAUUUCUCUGCCAGCUAACUUGUCAUUUCCAGUACAUGUUUUACUAUUCCAUACCAACCAUGAUUACAAGGGAUUUUUCUUAUGCACUCCUAUGCAUGUGAAAAACAUGUAGUAUAAUUCUGCUUCUUACAGAAGUAUUACUGAAGGUAUUAUUUCCAAUAUUAUUUGGUUUAUUACUGAUCUUUUUGUAUAUGCAGGCCCACCAGUCUGUACCACCAAUGCCAUCCAGCCCCAGUUUUCUCUCUAGGGCCUCUCUCUAGAGGUCGGUCACAUGCGUUGCCUUUGCUUUCUCUGGGUCAAGACCCUCUCCUGUUGAUAGCAUAGGUGGCACUUCAGGUGGUGGCUGUCUGGCCUGUCACCCCAAACCAAAGUGAAAAGGAAUGUUUCUUACAACCUGGUGUUGAUAUCACUUUUGUGUUCCCCAGAGCUGCAGACUGUCUUAAACUGUACUCCUUUAGUCUUAGUCAUUUAAGGUAUGUUAUGUGAAUCACCACUGUGCUGUACUUUUAUUAAUAAUAUUUAACAUAAUUAAAGAUGGACCCACCCGACUGGCAUCUGAAGAGUGUGUGCGCCUCCAUCACAAGCACAGCUGUCAGUUCUUUCCAAGGUGUCCAAUGUGUACAGACAAGUCACAGGGAAGGCUGUUCAGUGUCUUGCCUGCAUGGGUGGCAGAAGGUAGCCCAUGAAAGAUGAGUGUCCAGAUGUUACUGGGGCUUCUUUGUGGGGUGAGAGUUGGGGUGGGAGUCCCAUCCAGCUCACAGUGGGCCUUAUGUUGUCUUCUGAACUGGGAAUUUGCAGGUUAGGUAACCUCAGGUCUCACUACUGUUGCCUGGCCCCUAGGAAAUAUGUUUAGAGAGCCUUGUGUCUCUGCAUGUGUGUCAUUGUCACUAGACAUCUAGUGUCCCGCUAGGACUUGGAGUGACCAGGGCAAGCCUGAGAGAGGAUGGGUGUAUCAGUCCGCUCAGGCUGCCCUAACAAAAUACCACAGGCCUGGUGGCAUUUAUUUUCUCAGUUCUGAGGCUGUAAGUCCAAGAUGAAGGAGCCGGAAGAUCGGAUUCUCUUGAGACCUGUCUUUGUGGCUUGUUGAUGGCUGUUCUCUUGCUGCUUCUUCGUGCAUAUGGUCCUUCGUGCUGGUCCCUGGUGCCUCAUCCCCUUCUCCCAAGGUCAUCAGUCAGCCUGGCUGAGAGCCCAUCCUAAGGGCCUAUUCUGAUUUAAUCAUCUCUAUAAAGGCAUUAUGCACCUUCUGAGGUAUUGGGGUUUGGGAGUUCAACCCAUGAAUUUGGGAACAGGUACACAGGUCAGCCAACAGAGGGGUUGUCUCAGACUUGGUACGCUGGACGCCUGGGCCAUCCUGGGCACAGUGUGGUGCCUGGAUUGGUCCUCCAGCUCUGGGAAGUCCCCCUGAGGAGAGCCUGUCUCCCCAGCACUGCCUUUCACAAUGGUAUUUUGGGGUGGGGUUACUGGCAUUCCAUCAGGGAAAGGGAGCACCUCAUCUCUGGAGCACAGCCAGGCAAGGCUUUGCUCAGCAAGAAUGUGCACCUGCCUGGAGGAGGAGGAGCCAGUGGGAGCUGAGAAGCAGGACAAGCCUGCCAUCUCUGGGAGUUGGUGCCACAACUCCUCCCCAAAGCUCUUCCAAAAGCCUCUUGUGUCAUGCAGUACCCAUUCCCCUCUCAAGAAACCAGGGCAGGAGCCUCCCCAAUGAUGCCUCUGUGUGUUCUGAAGCAGGGGAACUGCCAGCCUCAUGGGAAGAGGUGCCUUGUUUGGGCUGGAGUUUCUCUGCUGCUCCAAGAAUCUUCCUUCAGGCAGCCUUGGCCUGUUGGGUGAAGCAGAUCUUGUGGAGACUCGCAGGAAGACAUCUCUUUGAAAGGUUGGAAUUUCCCAGAGAUUCUGGAAAAUCCCAGCUCCCCUUCAGAGCACUAGAGAGCAAAUAGGAUGGGAGGGGAGACAGCUGCAUGAACAGGAGAGCAAAGACCCUGGG